UUGUUUGUUUGUUGUUUCUGCAAAAAGUUAUUAUGUUGGAUCUCUGUUUGAUUAAACCAAAACAGAAUAUUUUUUUUAGAUGCAGCCAAUAAGCAAUGGUCGAAAGGCUGCUAACAGAGCUUCGCCGUGUUACCAAUUAUUGGUUUCAGGCCAAAAGUCAAGAGUGCUUCGAGCUGCUAGUACAAAUUUGCACACAGAUUCUCGAACAUGGCCUGGCGGAAAAAAACGAGGAAACGGAUACGGACCAUCUGAUCAAUGACUUUGAGUUUCUGUUGGCCUCACAGCUAAAAGUUUCCACUGGCCCCACCCUCGUCCAUGGGAAAUGUCAAAGUAGGCGAGACUUCUUCCACAGUUGGAUCACACGUUGCCUUCAGGCACGCUGCCUGGUUGAAUGUUUGCAGAAUCUAGUGGCUGACAAUGAACUAAUGGAAUGCUAUUAUCAAAGGGCAAAUGCCUUCCUCCAUCAGACAGGACCUAGCACGACUCUUUUUGUCUGUUUACUGGCCAUUCAAUUGAACCAGAAAAAUCUUCUCAGCCAAUUGGAGAGGAACAAACAAUUGCGCCAUCGACGCACAAGCUCACAACCGAAUUUUAGCAUAUCGCCAAGAUUGAAAGUGGUCUUUGAAGAAGAGCACCAACAGCCACAAGCAGUGCCAGAGCAGGCUCCAGUUCGUAAUCAAAGAUUUCUAAGACGUCUGAAAAGUUUGCCCAAUCUGCUGCAUGAUGAAGAGGAUCACAGGGCCAAAUGUCGACGUUCUCAGACAUUUAGUAUAGCGCGAACAAAAGAUACCAUUGAUAGCAUCAAACCCUCAACAUCAGCGGGUAGCUAUCAGAGUAGCUCCACCACAAGAUCCACUAGUUCCAGAGCCAGCUCCAGCAGCAGCUCGCCAACACGAAUUGAGAUAAUCGAUUGUGAUGAUAUUAAAAUAUGGACAGAUCAAUCUACCACUCCACCCGCAGAUAUACCAGUUGAGGGCGAAAAAGAUGCUAUUUCAUUGAAGCAUUCAUCGCCAUUGAAUAAUUUUCUAUCAAAUCUCUUUGGGACACAUAAUAAAUAUACCACCUGGUUUCAACGUGGCCUUGGUGAGGAUAAUAUUCAGCAUCAAGGUGCAGGCGACAGUGUAUUGGAUACGUUUUUACCUGUAAAUGGCAGAAAAUUACAUAUGAAGCAAACACUUUUCGAGGGAGUUAGUAUGCUUCAUGAAGCCGCCGCCGCCGCCGCUGCUGCAUCUCCUAUCAGGCUCACAACAACAACUGCUACAAGUGAACCCUUGGAUAUAUUGGGUCAGCCAAAUCUUGUCCAUUGUAGUGAAAGCAAUUCCAGUUCUUAUUGUAGUAUGGCCAGUGGUAGUAAUAAUUCCAAAAUGGAUGAACAAUCCUUGGCCACAUUUCUACAAUUCUCACAAUAUGCGCACAAUAAUACCGAAUUGGAGAAAGAGAAUAAUCAUUUUCGCAUAUCAGAAGCCUGCAUUCAAGCCAUUGAGCAAAUGAAAUGGACAAAAACAUCAAUUCCAUUCGGUCAUGGUAUGGAGCCAAGGGCAACAUCAUCAUUAGCAUCAUCAUCAUAUUCCAAUAUCCGACAAAGCAGUGCCGAAGCUGUGGGCCUGCAGCUAAUAUCUCGUUUCAAUGAUCAGCAUUUACCCAAAGUGGGUCAUCUUAAAUGGCUGGUAUUGGAUCAGGAUACACCACAGCAAUUGCUUCCGAUGCCCGAGAUCUCUAGUUGUAGUGGUGGUGCUAGCCUUCAACGAGGCACCAAAACCUGGGCACCGCCCCGUCAACAAAUUAUCUUCACCGAACAUCCGCCCCUGAGUCGUAGCGAAUUGCUGCAACUUCAGCACUAUCGCUGUGCCGGAUGUGGGAUGAAUGUGGAGCGACAAUAUCAACAUCAUUUCCGCUACUGCACCUAUCUGGGCAAAUAUUUAUGCACGGGCUGUCAUCGCCAACAGAUAUCGGCAAUUCCAUCGAAAAUUCUACAAUCCUGGGACUUUCGUUGUUAUCCAGUUUCAACAUUUGCCUAUCGUUUAAUUGAGCAAAUGUAUACAUUUCCCUUAUUUAAUGUUAGAGAUCUAAAUCCUCAAUUAUAUGGGCAUAGCCAAUUGAGUUUAGCAUUUCGUCGACGCGUUGAACUGAGACAAGUUAAUGAAUUUAUAAAACAAUGCCGUUUUGCAACCAGAGAGCAAACCUUUUUCAAUGUGAUACCAGAACAUCUUACCCAAAAUUGUGUCGAUUUGUGGUCAAUGUGCGAUUUGGUUGAUGUUCAAAAUGGCAGUAUGGCAAGAUCUAUUGAAGAACUGAUCGAACUAAGCGAAAAGCAUGUCUACAAUUGUGUGCUCUGCACUGGUCGUGCUUUUGUCUGCGAGCAUUGUAGAAGCAACAAUCUCAUUUAUCCUUGGCAUCGUAAAAUUCGUCGAUGCGGUGAAUGUGGAAUUUAUUGGCAUCAAAGUUGCUGGAAACUUCACAAACGACUACAUCCGGAUGUCCCUUGUACGCGUUGUUCUCGAUGGGAAUCCAAACACAUGACAUAUAUAGAAUCUGUUUAGAUUUUAUUAUGCAAAACCAUGUAAAUUACCAAAAACAAGAAAAAAAAGGAAUCAAAAACUGUUAUGAAAUAUUAUCUUAUGUACCUCUCAGGCUCAUAAUCAAUGUGCAUUGAGCAAAACUAACAAAAACGAGCAAAAUAAUGUUGAUUUUAUAUUAUUAUUAAUCAAAUAAGACAAAUAUUUAUUAUCCAUCUACAUAUACAUCUACAUAUUUUACUAUUGAUAAAUAAAACAAUUUAUUUUUUAUAUAAAAAAGAA